UAACGUACUUAUAAUAAUACUUCAGCCAGUCCGUAACGUUUAGGCACAUUGUAUUUUUAUCGGCAGAUUCAGCGUUCCCCAUAUCGCGAUUUUUAUUUCGCCAGAGAUCUGUGAUUAUUACGAUUACAUAAGAAUAUUGUUUUUACUAUCUGUGGUGGUUUAAAGCAAGCGAUGUGUUCGAAUCGAUCAAAACUUCGUUCAGUGUAGUAAAAAACCGAAGGAAAUGUGGGAGGAUUGAUGACAUUAACUUUUUGCUACACCGCUAACAGAACGAUUUGAAGUCCCGUUCAAGAAUAAUAUUAGUAUUUUUUCAAUAAGGAGACAUUGUAGUGUUAAAAAAUGCAGCAAGCAAUACAACAAACACGUAUCAACCAGUUAAGUAGAAUCCAAGUGCAACAACAGAGGCACUCAAGGACUACCAAAAAGCAGACACUUUCUGAAAGUAAUAUACCCUCUAGUACAUCAAAGCAGCAAGGAUCUAUGUCAGUAUCACAGGGAAUGAAUGAUUUCCAAGCAAAAUUGAAGGCCGAGUCAGCUAGAGUUAUAGAAUGGCAAACCCAGAAGGAUUCACAGUGCAAAGAAAUGGAAAAAAGGGUACAGCAACUAGAGGAACUUGUUGAAAGACAGAGAAAAAAUCUAUUAGAGCAACAAAAGAACUGUGAACAAGUGUCUCAGCAGUGUGCUAAUGAAAUAAAACAGCAAGAAGAAUUAGAAACAAAGAUCCAUAAUACUCGCAAGACUUGUGAAACAUUGCAAGAAUAUCUGCAAAACUUGAGUAUUUCGUUUCAAUCAUUUAUGAAGAUUAGAGAUUAUCUUGUUCAUACAAAUCAAAUGAUUAUGGAGAAUUAUGGCACUUGUACAGAAAAAUUUGAGAACCUGCAUGACAGACAUGUUGAAAUAAUAGACAAUUAUAAGAAAUCAUUGAUGGAUGUACGAGAGAAACAUGUUGAUGAUGCCAGUCGAUGGAAAGCAGCUCGUUCCGCAUUUGAGCAGAAGAUGCGUGACACUGAAGAAAAACUUCAUGGUCUAGAAAGAGAACUGAAAGAAAAGGACAUUCACUUGGGAUGUGUGAAAAUGCAGCUGCAGCAGAUAAAAGAGGCGAAGGAUAAAAUCAUAGGAGAACUUACUUCAAAAAUUGACAGCGUAAAAACAGCAGUGAUGGAAACGGAGAAUGAGAAGAACAAUUUGAAAGAUGAAAAACACAAAUUACUAAACAUAUCUGAUGCAUUUCAGAAAAUGCAAGCUUCACAUAAAGAAUUAUUAUCACGUAUUAAGGAGGUUACAGAUGACUUGUCAACAUCAACAGACAAUCUGUCACAAAUACAGGCUGCACACCAUGAGAAGAAUGAACUUCUGAGUAAAACAUUGUCAGAAGUUAAAGACUUAAAUCAAAAGAUGAAAAAUGAAACGUCUUGUCUAGAUGUCUUAAGACAACAGCUUCAAGAAGAAUCAUCAUCAAGAAAAGUUCUUGAAGAGGAGGUAAUGAAAUGCAACACAUUACUUGAAGAGAAAACGAAGGAACUGGAAUUACUGAGAGGAAAUGAUGAAGCUGAAAUACUUAAACUAAAUGAGUUACUCUGUAAUAAAGACAUGGUCCUGAACCAUUUAUCUGUACAACUGGAAGAAUGUAAAGAAAAUUAUAAUAAUUUAGAUCAACAGAAGCAGCAGUAUUUGAAACAAUUAGAAGAUAUACAAAAAGAGAAUGAGGUGAUGGAAGAGAGACUAUCAGGGAUUUCUGAAGAAUGCAAUAACCUAGAAGAAAUUAUACAUGAAUUUCAGCAUUCAAAAGAAAAGUUAGAGUUGCUUAGUCAGUCAGCUACAAAAGACAGUAAUGAUGUAGAUGAACUGAUAAAUAAGCUGGAAAUUAAGUGUAAUGAUAUGGAGCAAGAAUUAAAAAAUAAAGAAGCAGAAUGCAAUUCAAAGAUUAAGGAUAUGCAGUCUUGCAUGGAAGAAUACAAGCAAUCCUAUGUUAGUAGACUAACCACUAAUGAAGAAGAAAAUAAAAAGGCCACAGAGAGGGUAGCACGUUUUGAGAAGGACAACAAUCAGUUGGCAACAGAAAAGGUUAAGUUGCAAGAAAAAGUGGCACACAGUGAAGAAACAGUCAAUAAACAUGAUUCAGAAAUACAGCUACUUGAAAAGGAAAUAAACCAGCUGAAAGAAGAACUCAGAGAUAUAAAAGAUAAGCAAGCAAAAAAAGCAAGAGAACCUGCCAGUGUCAGUUCUGAAGAAAUGAAGAAGAAAACAGGAAAAGUUCCAGAGUCUCCAAGAAAGAUCCCUGGAUCACAGAGACACUUUAGCCAGAAACCUGUUACAUAUGAUGACUGGAGUGAAACAUCAGAUGAUUCCUUUCUAGAUGUAACUUUUUCCAAGGGACUUGCAUCACGAUCUUUCUACAGUCAGCAUACUGGAUACAAAGAGGGAUUCACGAAGGCUGAAGUGCAUGCUGAAAAUGAUCAGCAAGAACGUUGCUCAAACAUAUUCAGUGCUUUACAAUCUUAGUAAUUUUUCUUUCUUUUUAUGCAGUGCAGUUUGACUGAUACAGUUUCAUAUAAUGAUAAUUUUAAAAUACAAUCUUUUGCAAUGGGUAUGGCAAGGUAGUUUUUUUGUUGUACUGUCCAGUGAUCCAUUUGUUGGAAUAGAUUCUUUUAAAUUCUGCCAGUGGAAUGUAUGUAAUGAUUAUACACUUGUGAUAAUGUUACUUCUCAUUCACAUUCACUAAUUUUAUUUUGCAACUAGAUUGUUUGUUGGGAAUGGUGCUAAACAGUUCAGAGUUGUUUGGGCAAAUUGUUUGUAACUCAUUCUAUAACAUCUCAUUUUGGGGUCUAGAGUUUGACUUGAAACCUAAACAAGGUACUCGUUGUUGCUAUGUUUUUAUCAAUAAAUGUUCUUAUUAAUAUUGAAUUUUUAUUAAUUUCAUUAAAGGCUUUGAUGUAAUAAAAAAAAUCCUCCUUU